AUGGCCAGCUGGAGGAUACCUUCAGUUGUCGGAUUUUGGCACUCAUCGAGUGUAAACGAUCGCGGCGGGCGAAACAUUCCUCCAUUAUACAUCCUCGCAUGCACCACGGAACCCGAGCCUACCGAUCAGGGCGACUAUGACCCCGCCAAAUGGAUAGCGCUCCCGGAUGACAGUGACCUGUCAUACAUUGGCACCAGGCCGAUCGAGAAGAACAGAGAGCAUAUCGAUGGCGCCCAGCCCGUUUCUAUCGCUGACACCCAGCCUGUUUCGACGACGACCGACUUACCAUUCGGACCCGCAAAAUCCACCCUCGGAUUCAUCCUCAUUCUUGUUCAUAAAAGACCUAAUGGCAGGCAACACCGCACCGGGCACAAUGCCCAGGUUGAAUUCCUUAUGCACGUCGUUGCAUAUGUCGCAAACCGCGGGCACGAUGUCCCUACUGGCAUGCACAUAUCACAUCUCUGUGAUAACCGGAAAUGCUUUAACCCGUCUCAUCUGGUCGGAGAGAAUCAUUACUUGUGUCAGAGCAGGUUCCGUGGGGGGAUUUGCGGUGACAGCAUGGGCCUCGGGAAGACACUCCUGACCCUGCAUAUGGCGAGGAAGGAGAUCGGGUGCUUCUCUCUGGUAGUUUGUCCGGCGAGCUGCAAGCUCCAGUGGGUAAAUCAGAUAAGCGAAGCUUAUCGUGAGGGCUACGAGCCCCGCGUGUUGGUCCUCGAGGACCCACGCACCCCAGCAAGUGCACUAGUCGGGAAAUGGGACAUUAUCAUAGUCUCGUACAACUUCUGGAGCGGUCUCUAUCUCGCUGUGGAGCAAUACACACGCAACUUUCGUCGGUUCACCGAGGGAGAUGGCCCAGCACCAGUGCAUCCAGCGAGUCCUUUCCUCAUCUGGUCGGAGAGAACCUGA